AUGUCAACGCCCAACUUGAGAAGAGGAGAAGAGCAGAUACCCGAAGAGGGUGGACCAUUGAGUACUGAACCAACUCCGGCUCUCGUGCCGAUCAACGCUGAGGGACGAGCACCUCAGGCUGGUUCGGGCCGGUCAGCCUCCGGGGCGGUAGAUCCUCCGGACGGUGGACACAUGUCACCCAGUGGGUCAGGCGCGAUUGUGCUGCUGUAG